UCGGCCCCGGCAAGAUGGCUGCCCCCUUGGAGCUCAGUUGCUGGGGAGGUGGCUGGGGGCUCCCAUCGGUGCACAGCGAGUCCCUGGUGGUGAUGGCUUACGCCAAAUUUUCUGGUGCACCCUUGAAAGUCAAUGUCAUAGAUAACACCUGGAGAGGUUCAAGAGGAGAUGUACCAAUUUUGACAACUGAAGACAACAUUGUUUCUCAGCCUGCAAAAAUACUAAACUUUUUAAGAAAACAGAAAUAUAAUGCUGAUUAUGAACUCUCAGCAAAACAGGGGGCAGAUACCCUGGCUUACAUUGCUCUCAUCGAAGAGAAGCUUCUUCCUGCAGUGCUUCACACAUUCUGGGUUGAGAGUGACAAUUACUUGACUGUGACAAAGCCAUGGUUUGCUUCACGAAUUCCUUUUCCCUUGAGUUUGAUUCUGCCUGGAAGGAUGUCUAAGGGAGCACUAAAUAGAAUUCUUCUGACCAGAGGAGAGCCUCCUCUCUACCACCUCCGAGAAGUGGAAGCUCAGAUAUACAGAGAUGCCAAGGAGUGCCUAAAUCUUCUGUCAAACAGAUUGGGAAAAUCUCAGUUUUUCUUUGGAGAUACGCCAUCUACCUUGGAUGCCUAUGUGUUUGGUUUCCUUGCGCCACUUUAUAAAGUACGCUUUCCUAAAGUUCAGUUACAAGAACAUCUGAAACAGCUCUCCAACCUGUGCCGCUUCUGUGAUGACAUUCUAAACAGUUAUUUUAGGCUUAGUCUUGGAGGCAUCUCUCCUGCUGGACAAGAAAUGGUAGAUGCAAAUCUGCAGAAACUCACACAGCUUGUAAAUAAGGAAUCCAACUUGAUUGAAAAGAUGGAUGACAAUCUUCGCCAAAGCCCUCAGCUUCCUCCUCGGAAACUGCCAACACUUAAAUUGACUCCAGCAGAAGAAGAAAGUAAUUCCUUACAACGGCUAUCGCCCUGACAGUCCUCAUGCUUUGUGUCCAAAGUCAUGUGAUUGUUGCAGUCAUCUCUUACACUACUUAUGUGAUGGCAAACAGAAAAUGUCAUUAGUAGGUAUAAGGAAGGCUCUAAAAAGAAACUUUCUUUGACAUCUAGUUUUUCUUAAUUAGGAAGCUUGUAUUUUAGCUUGGCAGUGCACUUUAGAUAACAUCAGAGUAAAUGCUAAAUGAACUUGGGGAAAAAAGAAAACACACUGUACUGUAUAUUUAAACAACAACAACAGCCUGCCUUAAUCUUGGCAGAUUUUUGCCUUUAGUUCACAUGUUGCUGACCAAAACAUACAAUUCUGUUCUGAAUGUGUGCUCUUAUUUAUUCAAGUUAAUUUAUUAUUAAUUUAGUUUUCUUGGAACAGUUUAAAUAUCUAAUAUGUGGCUCUGUGAGGCUUUUUUUUCUUCUGUUUAGAAAUUUUGAUGCCAAUUUUAGACGUUAGGGAAAAAUGUAAUAUUCUAAUAUUCUAUUUACUUCAGUAGAAAAGCCUGUAUUUAAAAAGCAACGAGGAAUGUGCUUUUGAAUUAUGCUCUCAGAAGUGUAAUCUUUUGGGUGAUCAGUACUACACACACACACACACACACACACACACACAUAUAUGUCUGAGAUAUAUAUAUAUGUAUCACAGGUGGUUACAUAUAAUAUUCAUCUGACUGUAUGCACUUCAAUAGAACAUUGGUAUUGGUGAUGUGUUCAGUUAAGGUUGGCAAGGAUUCUUUUAGUUUAUUGGACCAAUGGCAGCUUUAGAUCUGUGUAUUUGUUGUACAUUUUUAACUCAAGUCCUCUCUUUCUUGGAUUAAUUUCAGGGGAACUGAGUAUAUUGGUCAUCAUUUAUUAUGCUAGGCUAUAAAGUCUUACUGAAAGUUGCCCAACUGUCAGAUACUACUCUGCUAGAGUGACAGAAGUACCUACUGUGUGCUUGGUCCAAGUUCAUCAUGCUUGACCCAGUGUUCUUUUCAUAAAACGACUGUCACAUAGUCAAAAGCUUUAUGGCAACUUAAUAUUUUCCGUAUAGUUGAACUACAGUUGAAGCAUCUAAUGGGGUAUUUGGAAAUAGUAGUAGUUUUUAAAGAGUAUUUUCUAUUUAUUGGUUGCCAACCUGUUAAAGGAUUUGCUGUGCAGGUGAUUUUCCUUAUAACAGAAUCUCUCUAAUUUUAGUGGCUGAGGUGCUUCCGUUGUCCUAAAACCACUUCUGGGGUUUUUAAAAUAUAGGAUCAUGUUUUUGAUUAGUGUCUCAAAAGAUUACUAUGGUGCUCAGCAAAUCUUACCACGUCGUACAGAAACCCCCAUGUUAAGAAAACAGCUCUGUAGUCAAGAGACUUGCCUAAUUGGAGCUGAAUGGAGCUCAGCUGUGUUUGACCUAAAUCCUCCCAGUUUGCUCUGUAUUUAGGCAGCUCUUGAUGCAGGAGUCUAUAAGUCAUUGUAAAUAUUUUUUCUCGAAAGUUUUAAUUAAAUGAGAAACAAGGUAGUCUUCAAAAUCUUAUCUGUUUGGAUGUAUUUAGGGAAAGUAACUAAUGAGUUUCACAUUACUUCUGCAAUGAGUUUGUGUGCUUUGUAUUAAUUUUCUAUUAGAUUCCAGCAAUCCAAAAUCCGUACGAAUAUUCUAUAUUAAAAAUCAUGACCAUAGGACUUACCGUCCUCUGGGAUUGAUGUAUAUUGGAGAAGGAUGGUUAACACAUUAAUCAGUCUAUUUAUGCUUUAGUUAGGGUUGGUCUUUUUCAACUGUGAUUUAUGUUAAGCCUUCAAAGAAGCAUUUGAAGUGGCUUAAAAUUGUCAAUGUACGUAAAACAGGACAAUUAAAAUUAGGUUUGGGAAAAAUGAAAAAUUGGGGGAGAAAGAGCUAUAUCAACCCUAACAGAUUCUAAAAUCAAAUGGUAAAUUUAACUCCCAAGUUUCUCCCUGGGCACAAAGAUAAUACUGGCUUAGGUAAAGUUUUCUGGGAGUAAAACUACUAAUAUCCAUGCUAAGGAUAGUGUGUUUAAAUUUUUACACGAAUGUAGAGAUCGUGUUCUUAUAUCACAGAAUUCAACCAAUAAACAUACUGUAACAUUUCA